UUACCGGUGACACGUUCCAUUAAGCGUGUCUACAGUGUACAGAUCGGUGCAGAUUCCAUGAAGAAUUACAUCGAAAUACAUUUUUCAAGAACUACGUAAAAAUCAGCAUCAACCGGAAGCACGAAGAGGACGUCGAGCAAGUUCACUUAAUUCCAGGAGAAAAGUGCGUUCAGUGGCUCCGGUAAUGGCGGAAAGAAAAGCCGAGAGAGCAGACAAGUGCAGGACGCCGUUGACGGCCUCGCCGAUUUCCUCGAGAUGCGAAAGUGGUACGAGCACGCAGGUGCGGAUGAAGGUCCUGAAGCUGGAGGAGAGGAUGAGCCCGUCGAUGGAGAGACUCAUACAGCGUUUGAAUGCCUGGGGUAAGCAGAGUCCAAGACGGGUGGAGCAGCCGGAGGAAACGGAUGAAGAGGAUGCUGCGAAGGUGGUCCAGGCGGAUGCCCGUGAGAACCUUGAGUCACGUUUUUAUUCGAGUCCUACGAAGGAGGCUGGGCACGUUAAUGUCAGCAAUGACCUUCUCAAGGUCAUGCUUGAACGAGAACACCGGCAUCUGUUUGGCCAGGUGUCACCUGGACCCUUGAGGCGGGGAAUUCAAAAGUUACAUACCAACAGUCCCAUCACCAAGGAAUUCUUCGAGGAUCCGGUGGGGUCCGAGGAUGAACUGGAGGAGACGGCUGUGGUACCUGGAGGAGAUAAGUCCUUGGAGUGUAUUCAAGUUCACGAUGAGGAGGAGCCCGAGGACGUGUCCGUUCUGGAGAAGAGUCUUCGUGAAAUAUCUGAAGUCUUCUUCUUGCUCACUGCCACCAACAAGGCCAGGGCGGAAGCUGCCAAGGUCAGACCUGGUAUGAGACGCCGUAGAAAGAUCAGAUCAGUUGGUAAGCUUGUAGCUAGUCCUGGCAAAGUUUCCGGUGAGGCUUCUGAGGACGACCCUGAGGUCGACCCUUUGGGUACCACCGAGACCGACCUCGGCGUCGUUUCCGACGCUUCGAAUCUGGUCGUGGAAGACAUCAGUCAGGAUAUUCUUAUGGACGUUAUAGAUGAGAGAUUAGGUGGGAUCCUCUCGCCGAUACAAAAGGACCUUAUCAGCGAGAGCUACCUCAGGUUCCUCAAAGAGAAUUCCGAGAGCAGUGAUACCGCACUGAACAAGGACAACGAGACGGAGGAGGACUACGAGGAGGAGGAUGAAACUGAAUUUAUGGGACUUUGUAAAAAAGCCUCAGAGUCCUGGACGAGAAGAAGAUCUCAAAGUCUGUCCGACAAUCACAACGACCUGGACCACGAAAAAUUAUCUGAAGAUUCUAAAUCUGGGGAUGAUCUGAGCAAGCUCACGUUGCAAGAUCAGAAAAGGAAGUCGUUGUCGGAAUCAGAAUUGUACGUGAAGCCCAAUAGAAGGUCGAUGGACAAUGAUGAUUCGGAGGAUGACAUCACGAACAACGAAUACAUAAAGAAACUAGAUAAAUCGAAAUCCCUAGGAGAAGAUCAGAUCUUCAGUGCUCCAACACCUAAGAAAUCAUCCGCUCAAUGUUCUCCGUCCUUAUCAGCGACUUCUCCAGCCUCGGCAAAGGAGUCUAAUCCGUCUUACAUGACGUCAUCCGAGUUUAAUCAAAAAUCCGAUCAGCUACCAGCAGCGCCAAUCGCUGCUGCGAUCUCGCAAGAAGCAUCCAGCCAAUUCGUUUCAUCAGGUACCAGGGGUACCAACAGGCAGAAAAAACGCGAUGGGUUCACCACGUUGGAAAUGAGCAGCGACAACCGCCUAUCAAAAUCCGAGGAUUCGUCGUCCUGUAAACCACCGAUUUCGAAAUAUCCGAUAUUGCAAAAAUUAUUGAAAUCAAAAUCGUCGUGUGCCCAAACCAACUUAGCAAGUUCGCUGGAAGAUCCGGCCAAUAAUUUAUCAUCGAACAAGGUCGGAGACCUUGAUUUAAGCAAGAAACUCAAAAAAAUGUCUCCGAAAUCAAAAAAUUCCUCAAAACCGAGCGAUCCUGUACAAUCGUCAGGAGUGAUAACAACGUCGGUUACGAAAAGACCAGAAAGACCAAGCGCAGUGCGGUACGUGCAGAGCGACCGGGAAAUGGCGGGAAGGAAAAAAAUUCAAAUUCGUCCUCAAGUUUUCUUCUACAGACCAUCAGGUGUGCCAUUUCCGCCGUCGCACAAGCUGACCGUAGCAGAAGUAUUCGACGCUCGAACAGGCAGACCACGUCCCGACGUCCUGAAGCAGCACUUCAUCCUGGAAGGAAGGAUCGACGAGGCGGCAGCCCUGCGCAUCGUUAACGAUGGCGCAGCGCUUUUGCGUUCGGAAAAAACAAUGAUCGACAUCGAGGCUCCAGUCACCGUUUGUGGCGACAUACACGGCCAGUUUUAUGACCUGAUGAAAUUAUUCGAAGUGGGUGGACCACCCUCCACGACAAAAUACCUCUUCCUUGGCGACUACGUAGACAGGGGUUACUUCAGUAUCGAGUGCGUAUUGUACCUGUGGGCAUUGAAACUGUGCCAUCCGACCACACUCUUUCUUCUCAGAGGUAACCACGAGUGUCGGCAUCUCACGGAAUACUUCACAUUUAAGCAAGAAUGUAAAAUAAAAUACUCGGAGAGGGUCUACGACGCGUGUAUGGACGCUUUCGACUGCCUACCGCUUGCAGCCCUCAUGAACCAACAGUUCCUGUGCGUGCACGGUGGUCUCUCGCCAGAAAUCCACAAUUUAGAAGAUAUACGCAAAUUGGACAGGUUCAAAGAGCCGCCGGCGUUUGGGCCCAUGUGUGACCUUUUGUGGUCGGACCCUUUAGAAGACUUCGGCAACGAGAAGAAUGCAGAACACUUCUCCCACAACAGUGUCAGGGGCUGUUCGUACUUUUACAGUUACGCAGCCUGCUGCGACUUCCUUCAGAAUAACAAUCUGCUCAGCAUCAUAAGGGCGCACGAAGCUCAGGAUGCCGGAUAUCGCAUGUAUCGCAAAUCCCAAACGACGGGCUUCCCUUCGCUCAUCACUAUCUUCAGCGCGCCCAACUACCUCGACGUGUACAACAACAAGGCGGCUGUGCUCAAAUAUGAGAACAACGUGAUGAACAUCAGGCAAUUCAAUUGCUCGCCACAUCCCUACUGGCUGCCCAAUUUUAUGGACGUUUUCACGUGGUCUCUGCCCUUUGUCGGCGAGAAGGUCACGGAGAUGCUGGUGAACGUUUUGAAUAUUUGCUCGGACGACGAGCUCAUGAGCGACGGAGACGACGCACUGGAGGAAGAUGCCUCGUUAGUCGCAGCCAAAGUUGUUGUCCAAAAAAAGAAUGGUGCAGCAGCCAAUCUCCGCAAGGAAGUCAUCAGGAACAAGAUCAGAGCAAUCGGGAAAAUGGCCCGCGUCUUCUCCGUGCUCAGGGAGGAGAGCGAGAGCGUCUUGCAACUGAAGGGUCUUACGCCAACGGGUGCUCUGCCCCUGGGUGCCCUGUCGGGUGGAAAGACGUCCCUAAAAAAUGCGCUGCAGGGUUUCUCGCCGAAUCACAAGAUCACGUCGUUCGCCGAGGCGAAGGGGUUGGACGCGAUAAACGAAAGGAUGCCGCCCCGAAAGGACGCACCCCCGACGCCGGUUAGCGAAGAAAAACCGGCGAUAAAGCCGCCAGCAGCGACUACGGGAGAUAAGCGGGACCAUUGCACGCCGCAGCCUCACUCGUGAGUCUCAAAAUCGUCCAGCCAAGGUGACAUGGAUGGGACGUAGGUUCCUAAGCGGUCGCCACCCCACAACAACCAUUGCUCGUCUCUCCCCAAGAUGGUAGAAUUUAGCGCCUUCAUCGUGAAUUCGGCUCGUGAGAAAAUUCAUUGGGAAUUUGUCAAAGUCCAGCAUCUCGGCAGCAUAUAAAACGCAGGCAGACAGAUACACUAUACGGAUAUAUAUAUAUAUAUAUAUAUAUAUAUAUAUAUAUAUAUUUACGUGAAUACAUAUAACAUACAUAGAGUCCAAUUACAUACACAGAGGGCGCUUGCGUAACGCGCCGCACAAUUACACAAUACUGUAUACGGAUUAUAAAGAAAACAAAGAUAUUGAUACACACGCCGUUAACACAAGAAUAAGAAAAUAACAUUGAUACCAUAGUGCAUGAAGGUAUAUAUAUAUAUAACAGUUACAUAACAUAAAUACAUUACACGCAUACAUACAAUGACAGAGAGAGAAAGAGAGAGAGAGAGAGAGAGAGAGAUAGAGAGAGAGAGAGAGAGAGAGAGAGAGAGAGAGAGAGAAUGUAACGUGGAAGUAAGAAGUGGGAGUGGGGUCGUUCUCGUAAUGUGGAAUUCACGUUCUGCGCAUGCGCGCUACAUUGAACAUUACUUCCGUCAGGGCGCGAGUGAGGAAAGGGGAGGUGUACCACUGGACCACGAAGAAAAGAUUAAAAUAUAAGUUUUUUGGAGUAUCGAGAAUCUCUUUUGGGUAAAGGGUUAUAUUAUAUACGUCAUUAGCGCGCGACAGUGUUGUUCUUUCUUGUCCCUUUGAUAACGAACAAUGCACGACCCUUGACCCUCGGAUCAAUGAAACGUACUAAGCUAAUCUUCACGGAAGCUGUAUCUUACUAUAUGGAACAUCGAAUUUCGUUUUGUUAUUGGGCUAUCAGAAUUUCUUAGCCGUCAGCGUAAAGCGGGGAGGGGGUGGAUCGGGUGAUCCUAUUAGGCGACGAGGCGUCGCGACGACCCUCGUUCCUCCAUAUCGCGAGAACGAACCCUCACUGUGCACUGAGCCAAGAUCUAAUUAUAUCGGAUAAGCCAUGACAGUCGUGUGCUCCGUUAUGGGGUAGCGCGAUCCCUUGCUCCAGCCAGCGGUGCGUUGCGAUUUCGGUACAGGGAAACCGGAAGAGAGCCAUCGGGAGAGAGAGAGAGAAAGAGAGAGAGAGAAGUAUGUGUGUGCGUGACUGUAUGCGUGCGAGAGAGAGAGAGAGAGAGAGAGAGAGAGAAAAGUCAGAGUGCAAAAUAAAAAUAAAAAGACGAGAAGAAAGAGUCCUAAGGUUUAAGAUGAUCACGAUGAAAGUUUUUAAGGGUUCAUACACACUAGGGAAAUGUGAAAGUUCAGAGGAUGAAUAUCUUAUGUGUAUUGUCGAAGUGAAAGUUUGGUUGAUUAGAUUGGUCGAUUAUCCAAAUAAGGGUUGGAAGCUGGGAAGGGGGGGACAGAGAAUUAUUUGGGACACGGUGGAGCAAAGGAGUGAAUUACUUGCUUCCUUCGUCAUUGACUGUGUCAUUUUGAGAAUGGGCGAGAGAGGGGGAGAGAGAGAGAGAGAGAGAGAGAGAGAGAGAGAGAGAGAGAGAGAGAGAGAUAAUGGGUCACUUGUGAUGUGGGAGAGUCGAAAAAUGAAAAAGAAAAAAAUGCAAAAAACAUAUAACACAAGAGAUGGGCGAACCUCUAAUCGUUAACGAUUUAACAAAUAACAAAAUACUGAGUAUAAACACAAAAAAAAAAAAGAAACUUGCAUAACAUCUCUAAUAGCGUUGAUCUUCUAUGAUUUUAAUGUGUGUUCUUGCUAUCGGAAAUAAGUCUGGGCCAGUCUCGCUGCCUCGUGGUUUUAAUAAUCGAAAGUGGGCCCUGACCUUAUACAACGUGGCACACACAGCUGACAUCGUCGUUGUACACUGCAGUAAAACAGUCGUCAUAUUAUCGUUGAUCAUACAUUGUGAAUUUACCUUUAAUCCUAAAACUAUCCUAGUCUCGAGUAGAUUAUCAUACAAGAUUACAUAAUAUUGUACCAUCGUAAACAACUUUUUCCAAUGUCAUCUCAGUCUGCUAUCGCUACCACUGUCAUAAUCUUAAUUUUUUCCUUUUGUAAAAUCAACAAAUUUUUACCCCCUAAAAAAAUACUAAGAAUUACAGUAUAUAUAAAAAUUACAUGAUCACUGAUAUUAAAAAAAAUAAAAAAAUAAAAAAAUAAAAAAAAAAACGGUCCAGCCAGUAAGACCAAAAUUAAGCGGCAUACAAAUAAAAAUUGCGUCUCUUACAAUUCCACAAGCGUACGCCAAUCAUUAAGUUUUAUUCCGUUUUAUUUUUUUAAAAUUAUAUUCCAAUAAUCAUUAUCAAUGUCGAUGCGUCAAUGAUUUUGGAAAAAUAUUUGUUGAACAUUUUUCUCACAAACGCAUUUUCAACACCGACGGGUGGCAUGUGUGACGCAUCUCUCAAUGAUACAGAGUCGCGCCACGCACACGUGUCUCUCAUACAUAAUACAUGAUACAUAAAUACAUUAGCAGCAUAAUAUUAGACACAUAGCUGAUGAAGCGGCCAGAGCCCACUUACGAGCCGAACGCAGCGUAAUUAAACGGUCAGAAACAUAAAGUUAAAUAAUGAAAGAAUUAAAUGAAUAAAUAAAAUAUAUCUCUCUCUUCACUAUGAUAAUAUAAUGAAUAAUAAUUCAAUCUCUCUUUGCUACCAAGUUGUACUUAUUCUUAAUUAAUUUACUUGUACAAAAAAAGAAUGUGUUAAAUAAAUAUAUAAUAUAAUAUACAUCUAUAAAUAACAUAUAUUAUAUAUAUAUUAUAUAUAUACAUAUACAUUAUAUAAUAUUAAUUAUCUUAUUGAUUAAAUGAAUUAAUUGAUUAUUAUUAUCAUUAUUAUUGUUAUCAUUGCGAUAGUACAUUAUUAUUAUUAUUAUUAUUAUUAUUAUUAUUAUUGUCAUUAUUGAUUACGCCAUCGAUUGUCUACACAUACUUGCGAAUAUUCGAGAGCAAAGAGUACACUGGGCGUGAAUGACUUUUGAUGUGAUCCAAUAUGUGCGAAUAACGGUUAGUUUUUGUGAUUAAUAUGAAUUGUUGUUGCUGUUGUCUUUGUCGUUGCUAUUAUUAUUAUCAUCGUCAUUUACCAUUGAUACAAUUAACAACGACGAUUACAAUGAACGUCGAGCGACGACGAUGAUGGUUAUAACGACAACGAUGAUUGUGACGGUAAUGGGGAUUUCGAAAUUUCGGGCCAUUCUUUCCGUGUGUAAAGGUAAUUCAAAGAAGUCAUUAAAUUAAAAUAAUAAGAUCAUACGUAGAAAAAGAAAAAACAUUGUGAAGCUUCGUAUUAAAUCGUACACGUACACAGGGACACGCUCAUGAUCAUCAUUCGAUUUAUUCGCCAUGUCGUUCGUGUGUAAUAAUUUUGAAAAUUGAAUCGUUCCUUUCAUAAAAAUUUUUUUUAUUUUUUUUAAUGUCAUUUCUCUAUCCUCUAUUCAUCCAAUCGAGUCCCACUGCUUGCCGCUAGUCCUGACUUAUUGCUUUCGUAUCCAGGAUGUUGCCUAACCUCAAAUUUGUUAAUCUCAUUCUUCGUGUUCAUGCCUCGUUAUCGUUUCUUAUCAUACCUCCGCAACAGAUCUUUGACCGCAGUCGCGUUUUCUCAGUGGUCGAGGUGGACGCGUGUUAUCGGAACAGGAACCGGAAGAGUUAAUUGAAAAAACACUGCACUAGGCUAAAAAUGAUAUCUGCUCUCGGUGCUACGUUUGCUUCGAGUCUCGUACUGAUUUUCAAUUACGAUCGCGCAAUGGAUAACGAUAAAAAUUUGUGGCGGGUGAAAUAAGGUUAUGAGAAAUAUGAACGAUGAAAAUAUAUAUUCGCAGGACUUACCGUUAUAUAUAUAUAUUUAUUUUUUUCGUAUCGCAUACACAGACAAAGACAUGUAGUUUUUAAAGAAUCUUGUAAUAUCUAAAAAAAACAAAUAACGUUUUUAACGGCUUGGGUCCCUUUACAUUUAUACACUUAUAUAUAUGUAUAUAUAUACAUACAUUCGAAUACGUAUGGUACACGGGACAAAUCACGUGCGCAGGAACGAAGUGAUAAAUAAUGAAGUUAGAAGUGUGACGGUAGUAAAUGAGUACCGAAAGUUAUGAUUAACGAAUCUUACUAAGCGUUACGGAUGGUAUUAAUUGGAAAAGUUUGUGAAAAGUUUCAAGAAAAUAAUUAAGAAUUGUGAAAAGAUUUUUGAACGCCCAUUGGAACCAUUGACCGUGUGUUUACCAUAUUUUAAUUUGACUGUUGUGUGUGUAUGUAUAUACAUGUUUUAUACUUACCAGGGAUUCCUAACGUACUCUCUUCUAGAAUCUAGAUAGGCCAAAUCUAUUUGUCGAAUACGAAUCGAGUGACGGUUGACUCGCUGGACGCCAUGUUGGAAAAGUGAAUGCUGGGAAAUGUCGCGCGUUGAUUUGAAUUCUUUAUGGAUAUACGUUGUGUCUGUGGAAUAAAGGCUGGUUUCCAUUGGCGACAGGGGAUCUAUCGCGACUUGAAUUGUGGCGGGACAUUAUUUCCUUCCUUACCUUUUUAUUCCUAAGACAUUUUAUCGAGUCUCGGGGAACUGCGGAAAGGACUUGUGGCCACACGGGACUUAAUUAACGUUUUAAUGUACACGGUCGGCCAUCUUUCCUUUCGCGGUAUCAAAGCCCUGGACUCUACUUGCAUACAUAUACACUGAGAAGAUUGUAUGAUAACAUUAAUUAGCGUACGAUUUAAGCGUAUAUUAUUAAUUGGGGUAUACCCAUGAGCCUUUCUCUUAGACUUAUCGCAGACUCGCGACAAUGGGCUCCGACGGAACCCUUUCGGCUGUGUCGCAAUUGUCGACGACACGGAUCGAGAGAAAUACGAAGGAACUUUUAGGUAAACGGCCGACUGGGCUGAGGAGCGCAUUACGUCACGGGAAUGCACUUCUUAGAUUAAAAACUCAUUCUACGACUCUUGUCCCUUGGAUUUAUGAAUGACCGUCGCGACGCUUUGGCCGCGUCGUCGAUUCAUUGUUUUUUUGUGAUUUGAACUUUUUUACCCUUUUUUUUUUCUUUCAUUUUUGUAAUUUUCUUAUUGGCCUUUUUUUACUUUAUAGAUCGCCAUUAAUCGUAAAUGUCACAUGCCGUUCGAAAAUGUAUUUGCGUCUUUGUCCCGUGCGACUUGUCGAUAGUUUGUAAUGGCGGAUUUUUGAAAAUGAAGAUCGAAGGUGAAGAAAGAAGAUGAAGAUGGAUUCUCUUCAUUUCCGUCCCUAAUCACAUCCUUGUAUAUUUGUAAGUUGAUUUUUUUUCUUUGAUUUUAAAGAAUUUCUUGCAGAUGCUUUUUUGCCCUUUUUCUAUUUUUAAUUGUGCCGGUACCGGGGAAACAAGAGACUGGACCGCGGAACUCUAGCAAUAACUGAAAAUGGCUGCUUAUAUCUUUAUAGAUUGGAAAAAGUGAUUUUAACUCUUUUUCUUUUUUUUUUUUCUUUUCUUUUUCAAAGAAGAGCGUAUGGUUGUGUCGUAUGGGAAUUCGAGAAACAUAAUACGGUGCCUCCAAUGACGGUCUCUAUUUUCCGUGGCGAUUUCAAAAAUUUUUAAUUCUCACCUUAAAUACUUUCUUAUCACUCUCGUAUACCAAUUCAUUCCUAUUGAUCGGUAUUAAUUUUCAAAAUUUCUCCACGUUAUCUCUGAUCAUUAUCAAUUUUAAUUUUUCUUUUUCUUUCACUCGGACUGCGAUUGCGUCUCUCGUGUAUGUUAUUGGUAAUGCGUUGUCGUCCGAGAGAAUUUUCAUCCCCGAAAUCAAAAAUUUGGAAAACAAACAAUUUUCAAAAUUCUCCAAACCGCAUUUAUCGACCAUAUCAAUAAAUCCGACGUGAUCGAUUCGAGAAAUUAAACAAAAAAAUCAUCUCGGACGACCAACUAGCAAUUGGUCGUCAAUUGUCAAAAAAAAAAAAAAACACCAAGUGCAAUAUCGCGUGCGUGCGUAUUAAAUUGUCUGCGAGGACGACGCCCUGUGAAAAUUGUCCAAGCGCCCCGUGGCCAUAACGAGGGCACCUUGAAAAAGGCACCUCUUGAAAAUUUCAUUAAAAAGUUCAUACAAACAAAUUUUCAAAAUGCAAAAUCGUUCCUUACGGCGCCAAUACAAUUUUCCAGUAACUCGUCAAAAUUUAAGUAAAAAUACAUAUAAUUAUUAAUUAAGUAAAAGAGAUCCUUAUCACGUCUUUCUAUCCAUAUGCGUAUCACGUCUCCAUAUGAGCACAGUCAUACGCAUACGUAAUACAGGGUGAUCGUGUGUGUGGCACGGUUCUUUUCCAACAAUAGACACGUGAUGUUCAUAACCAUUGAAAGUAAACGAAAAAGGCCGUCCUCCUGGAACACCCUGUACAUACAUCCCUUAUAAUCUAAUAACGAUUAAAAACCAUCGAAAUAAUUUCAAUCAAACGUCCUUUUCAUCCAGUCUAUCAUUUUCCCCAUUGUUACCAAUCAAAUCGCGAUCUACGUUAAGCGGAUCGAUAACGCGGCGAGACGGCAGAUACGACAGAAGUAAAGAGUGACGAAACGAAAAAUGAAAAAAUUUAACAAUUUUCAAAACACAACUCAAUCCACUGUACAUACAUACGUUUUACUAAAUAACCCUUAAAGAAAACAGCUAUUGUAAACCUAAACUGUAAGUCUUCGACUAUUUCGUAUUAAAUUCAAAUUUCAUUCAAACUUCAUUCGACGAUGUGAAAAUUUCGAAUUGUUCGAUAACGGCAAUGAAUAAUGCGAUGAACGAGCGAAUGACGUAAUAUAUGCAUAUAUAUACAUAUAUUUGCAAAAAAAAAAGAACGACAAAAAAAA